GAAGAACACAGAUAAGAUUUGACUAAACAACACACCAGAUUAUUACAACGUAAAACAUUCAUCGUGUCUUGUCGAAGAGAAGCUCACUAAUGAUACUUAGUUUAAUGAACAUCAGCAACCAAACCUAAAAGGAACAAUUUUUGACUGCGUCUGCACGAGCAGCCAGUUUAAUCGAUUUGAAACGUCCACAAUAUAAGCAAUAUUUCCGAAGUCAAUUCACGACAUUGCAGUGAAUUAUCUGAAGAGAUAAGAAGACGAUUUAAGUACAAAAUUUGAGUCUCUUUGCACUGUAAAGAGACUGACUUGUGUCGAUAAAAACCCCGCAAAGCAACCGUCGAAAUAAGCUGCAAAACUCGUGAAUUGUGUAGUGUCUGACUGUCUAAUAGUGUCCAGUUUAUAAAAUAAAAAUGUUAGAGAAGGCUGAUGAAGAAACGGAUUCAGCGUCUUCGGACAAUGAAGCAACCAACGAUUUUAUCAACAUCAACGAACUGUGGCCAGAUUUGCCCGUGUUAGAAGACUCGUUGGACGAUUCGAGUGUUGCAGGAAUUUCCUUCACCAAGCAAACGCUGCCGAAUGUUAUAAACAAUCUUCUAUAUACAGAGAUUCGCACUAGCGCCAUGACAAAUCUGGGAAACAUUCUGAUGGGAUAUUUGGAUGACGAAGGUUCCACCCAAGAUGACUCCAAAGUGGGACGUCUUUCUCUAGCCAACGAAAAACUUGCAUACAUGCCCAAGUUAGUGUGCGAAGCCUUUGGGCCCAUCAUUAAAAUACUGGACAUUUCGGACAACAACAUCGGAAACUUGGAUUUUUUGGACUAUUUCACCGAAUUGACCUCACUGAUAGCCGACAAGAAUCCAAUCAGCUCCGCUGACACCAACAUCCCUUGCAUGCCCAAGUUAGAGCUGCUCUAUUUGAACAAGUGCAAAAUCAGCAACCUUUGCUGGGUGGAAGCGCUGCGCUACAACUGCCCGAAAUUGAGAUUUCUGUCCUUAAUGGGCAACCCGGUAGUUCCAGCCUUUAUGACCACGGGAAACGUCUACCAGUACCUGCAGUACAGGCUCUAUGUGAUAUCAGCGAUCCCCAACUUGGUGCAUCUGGACGACAAGAGAAUCACUGCCGAUGAACGGGCGCAGGCCAAGAAAAUGUUCCCAACUCCAUUUGUGCACCAUCUGCUCAAGUCCACUCAAGUGCGGGUUCCUCACCUCUUAAGAAAGCUCACGGGUAGAACCAGCAAUUAUUUUCCUAAAUCCCCUGUGAGGAACCAUUUACACCCAUCCAAACCAAUGGGGAAUAACUAUUUGGUCUAGGGAGAAUUUAAUUAAUAAAUUUGUUGUUUUCAUUUGAAA